CCCGGCCCAUCAUGGCGGCGCCCAGCGCGGAGUGGCCGCGGCGGCGCUUCGGGCAGCGCCUCCUCACGGACCCCGCGCGGCUCUUCCAGCACAACGCCUGGGACAAUGUAGAAUGGUCAGAAGAGCAGGAAGCCAGUGCCAGGAGUAAAGUUGAAGAGAACAGCUCCCAUCUACUGCCCCAGGAUAAACAAGAGGAAUACGAGGUGAAUGCUAAGAGGUACUGGGAUGACUUCUAUAAGAUCCACGAAAAUGGCUUCUUCAAGGACAGGCACUGGCUGUUCACUGAAUUUCCCGAGCUGGCACCCAGCAGGAACUCCAGCCAAAAUGGGGAUUCUCUGUGUGAAUUUAGUACCAAAGAAGAAUCCAACAGUGAAGGUUUGGGAAGGUGUGAAAAUGGCCACUGUUCAGUGGGAAACAGGACAGAGGGUCAGUUGAACCUGAUCCAAAGCACAGCUGAGGUGUGCACAGAGGACUUGGCUGCACAGGAGCACAGGGAGCUGAAGCAGAGGGAUGGAGAUUACCCAGGAUCAGCUGCAUCUUACCGUGUGUUGGAGGUUGGCUGUGGGGCUGGGAACACAGUCUUCCCAAUUUUACAAACCAACAAUGACCCAGGCCUGUUUGUUUAUUGCUGUGAUUUUUCUACAACAGCUGUGGAUCUUGUCCAGAACAAUGCAGAAUAUGAUUCUUCUCGCUGCUUUGCCUUUGUCCAUGACCUGUGCAAUGACCAAAGCCCUUUCCCAAUGCCAGAGGAGAGUCUUGACAUUGUAAUUCUUAUCUUUGUCCUCUCAGCAAUUCUCCCAGAGAAGAUGCAGAGCGUUGUGACCAGACUGAGCCGCCUCCUGAGACCAGGGGGGAUGAUUUUGUUACGGGAUUAUGGCCGGUACGACCUGGCCCAGCUUCGGUUUAAGAAAGGUCAAUGUCUGUCUGAAAACUUCUAUGUGAGAGGUGAUGGCACCAGAGUCUACUUCUUCACGCAAGAUGAAUUAGACCAUCUCUUCACCACAGCUGGGCUGGAGAAGGUCCAGAACCUGGUGGAUCGGCGGCUGCAGGUGAACCGUGGGAAGCAGAUGACGAUGUACCGGGUGUGGAUCCAGUGCAAGUACCGCAGGCCCACCGCCCCCCAGCCCUGAGACACGGCCUGGCACGUGGGGCUGGAGCCUCUCCCUGGCCAAGGGGCGUCUCCUCCUGCUUGAGAUGUGGUUUGAUGGAGUCCUGCACCCCCAGGAGCUCAGUGCCUUGCACGGUGCCUGGCGUCGCUGCCAGUGAGUUCUGCUGUGGAUGAACGCCCUGAGAGUGGACCAAGGGGUAUUUUAGGUGUCAUAAAAUAUACUGAGUUGGAAGGGAACCAUCAGGAUCAUCGAGUUCCAGCUCCUGGCCCUGCAAAGGACACCCCAAGAACC